AUGAUAAUAGAAUCUAUUAAUAAAAAUGAAGAAUCAACUAAGAACAAAAAAAAAAAAAAAAGUUUAGAGGAUAUAGGAGAAAAUGGAAUAAAAAAAAAAAAAAGGAGAAACAAAAAUGAAAAUUAUAUAUGUAAAGAUUCAACUUAUGAAGAACCACUUUUAUUUGAUUUUUUAUUAGAAGAAGAUUAUAAGAAAUAUGAUACUUUUGUUAAUUUUUGUGAAAAUAAUUUUUCUAAUAUUGAUAUAAAAGAAGUGAAUAAUGUUAUUAAUAAAUUAAGAGAAGAAAAAAAUAAAUAUCUUUCUAAUUAUUUGAGUAGCUCAAGUGAGGAAGAAAAAAAGGAAAAAAUAGUUGAAAAAAAGCAAAAAAAAAAUAAAGAAUAUAAAAAGAAUUUAAAGUUAAUAAAUAUAAAAAAUAGCAAAAGAGCUAGAAUUAAUCUUAUUAUAAUAAAAAAAAAAUAUGUAGAUGAAAAUGAUAAAAAAAACACUAUAAUAAUCUCUCCUUUGUUUAUGCCAGUUGGUACAAAAGGUUGUAUUAAAGGACUAGUAGAAGAAGAAGUAAAAAGUUUAUGUAAAUAUAUUAUAUUAAGCAAUACAUAUCAUUUAUCAAAUAUAUAUGAUAUAUCUAUUUUUGAAAAUAACAAAAAUAUAAAUAACUUUAUAAGGUUCCCAAAUUCCAUGCUAACGGACUCCGGUGGUUUUCAAAUGGUUUCAUUAAGUAAGCGAAUUAAAAUACUAGAAGAAGGAAUUUUAUUUAAUAAUAUAUAUGAUAGUUCUAUUAUUAAAAAAAAUAUUAAUUUUUGUUUACCAAACAUGGUAAAUUUUUCUGAUAUAAAUUCUAUAAAUGUCAAAAAUAUAGAAGUUAUAGAAAAGAAUAAGAAUAAUAUAAAUAAUAAAUAUUUAGAUAUAGGUGAAUAUAUAUUAUUAUCACCAGAAAUUUCUAUAAAACUACAAAAUUUAAUUGGUAGUGAUAUCAUAAUGGCUUUAGAUGAUGUAAGACCUGCAACUGAAAAAGAUAUAAAAAAAAUAGAAGAUUCUACCGAUAGAACAAACAGAUGGUUAAAAAGAUGUAUAAAAAGCCAUCAAUGUAAAGAAGAACAAAGUUUAUUUGCGAUAAUACAAGGAGGAUUACAUAUUCAUUUAAGAAAUAAAUCAAUGGAAUAUAUUUUAAGACAAAAAUUAAAUGGAUAUGCAGUUGGUGGAUUAUGUGGAGGAGAAAAAAAAAAAAGUUUUAUUAAAAUUAUUCAUCAUUGCUCAAAUGAAAAAAAUAAAAAGUAUAAUUACUUACCAAUUAAUAAAUGUAGAUAUAUAAUGGGAAUAGGAUAUUUAGUAGAUAUUGUUUUAUGUUCUUUGUUUGGAUACGAUAUGUAUGACUGUGUCUAUCCAUCAAGAACAGCUCGUUUUAACACAGCUCUAAGUUAUGAUGGAACGAUAAAAUUAAAACAAUCAAAAUAUAAAUUUGAUUUUAGUCCACUAGAAAAAAAUUGUAAUUGUUAUGUUUGUACAAAAUAUACAAAGUCCUCUUUACAUCUACUUAUAUCAAAGAAAAAUCCAAUAACUAACAUUUUAUUAACAAUUCAUAAUAUUUAUUUUACUUUGCAUAUUUGUUAUUUAUUAAGAGUUGCUAUUUUUUCAAAUAAAUUAGAUCAAUUCGUAACCACCUUUUUAUAUAAUAAUUUCGUGAUUGGAUAUAAAAAUGGAAAUUAUAAAAUCCCUGACAAUAAUAUAAAUGAAGAUACUGAAAAUUUAAAUGAAAUAAAUUAUGAAGAAAAUAAAAAAGAAAAACGAUAUUUAAACAUAUUAGAUAAUUCAAAAAAUUCUUAUUAUAAUACUGAAAAUAUCAUGAAUAAUUAUCUAAAUAAAACAAAUGUAUUCUCUUCUGAUUUUAUAGAAAACGAGGAAAAUAGAAAUAAUUUUCCUCAAAUACCUAAUACUACUUCAUUGAAUUCAGAUAAUUUAAACAAAACAAAAUUAAUAAAUAAUUUGGAUAAUAAAUUAAAUUUAAAUCAAACUAGUCAAAUUAAUCAAGAUUCUUCUUAUCAAAUAGAUGAAAAUUUGAAAAAAGAAAAAAUGAUAAACGAAUUAAAGCAAAAUUUACCACAAUGGGCAUUAGAAGCACUUGAAUAUGCUAAUAUAGAAUUAAAAUUUUAA